GCCGUGGAAUCGAAUCAUCAGGAGAGCUGUGGACCGAACCAACAAACUGCCGUGGAAUCGAGUCAUCAGGAGAGCUGUGGACCGAUCCAACAAACUAUGAAGGUAGAAGGUGUGUGUGAGCUGAUGUGAAUCCAGCAGCAUGGAUCAGUGUGAGGACAGAGAGGAGGGAGUCCUUCCCACUAGUACUUCCCCGAGGGGAAAACCUGAGAGUCGGAGAGAAGAAGAGAGGAGACAACAUGGACCUGGACCUGGACCUGGACCCAGCUGUGUGUCCUUGAAGAGUGAUGCAUCAAAGGAUUUAUUUAUCAAUUAUAAAGAUUCUCCUGGUUGUCCUUCAGAGAGGUUUCAUCAGAAAACAGACUCUCAUGGACCUGGACCUGGACCUGGACCUGGACCUGGACCUGAACCUGGACCUGAACCUGGUCCCAGCUGUGUGUCCUUGAAGAGUGAUGCAUCAAAGGAUUUAAUUAUAUGUUUUAAAGAUGCUCCUGGUUUUCCUUCAGAGAGAGUGGACCAGAAGAUCUCAGAGUCCCCCAGUGGUCCGUCUGUCCAGCAGCAUCAGACCCAGCUGGACUCCAUCUUUCAGCUGCUGGAGAACGACAUCGUCAUAUUUGUGAAGGUCGAGCUGAAGAAGAUCCAGAAGGUUCUGAGUACAGAUUACCCAGAAUCCUCAGAGAGUCUGGAGGAGGAUGAAGAUGAAGAGCAGAAGAGAAUCAGAGAGGCAUUCAUGAAGAUCACAGUGAAGUUCUUGAGGAGGAGGAAGCAGGAGAAACUGGCUGAACUCCUGCAGAAUAAUACCGUCGCUGCCAUUUGUCAAUCAAAACUCAAAGGUCAGCUGCAGAAGAAGCACCAGCAUGUGUCUGAGGGGAUCACUAAAGCAGGAAAGACAACCCUUCUGGAGCAGAUCUACACGGAGCUCUACAUCACAGAGGGAGGGACCGGAGAGGUCAACGAUGAACAUGAAGUCAGACAGAUUGAAGCAGCUUCCAGGAAACCAGACAGAGCAGAAACAGCCAUCAGACAGGAAGACAUCUUUAAACCCCCACCUGGAAGAGGAGGACCAAUCAGAACGGUGAUAACAAAGGGAGUGGCUGGCAUUGGGAAAACAGUGUUAACACAGAAGUUCAGUCUGGACUGGGCUGAAGGCAGAACCAACCAGGACAUCCAGUUCCUGCUUCCAUUCACCUUCAGAGAGCUAAAUGUGCUGAGAGAGGAGAAGUUCAGCUUGAUGGAACUAGUUCAUGGAUUCUUCUCUGAAACCAAAGGAAUCUGCAGCUUUGAAGAGUUGCAGGUUGUGUUCAUCUUUGACGGUCUGGAUGAGUGUCGACUUCCUCUGGACUUCCACAACCCUACAAUCGUCAGUGACCCCAGAAGGUCCACUUCAGUCGAUGUGCUGCUGACAAACCUCCUCAGGGGGAACCUGCUUCCUUCUGCUCGUCUCUGGAUCACCACACGACCCGCAGCAGCCAAUCAGAUCCCUCCUUACUGUGUUGACAUGGUGACAGAAGUCAGAGGGUUCACUGACCCACAGAAGGAAGAAUACUUCAGGAAGAGGUUCAGAGAUGAAGAGCAGACCAGCAGGAUCAUCUCCCACAUCAAGACAUCACGGAGCCUCCACAUCAUGUGCCACAUCCCAGUCUUCUGCUGGAUCACUGCUACGGUCCUGGAGAACGUCCUGGAGAAUGUACUGGAGAACGUCUUGGAAACCAGAGAGGGAGAGGAGCUGCCCAAGACUUUGACUGAGAUGUACAUCCACUUCCUGGUGGUCCAGGCCAAACUGAAGAAGGUCAAGUAUGACGGAGGAGCUGAGAUGGAUCCACACUGGAGUCCAGAGAGCAGGAAGAUGGUGGAGUCUCUGGGAAAACUGGCUUUUGAGCAGCUGCAGAAAGGAAACCUGAUUUUCUAUGAACCAGACCUGAGAGAGUGUGGCAUCAAUGUCAGAGAGGCUUCAGUGUACUCAGGAGUGUUCACCCAGAUAUUUAGAGAGGAGAGGAGCCUGUACCAGCACCAGGUCUUCUGCUUCAUCCAUCUGAGUGUUCAGGAGUUUCUGGCUGCUCUUCAUGUCCAUCAAACCUUCAUGAAGUCUGGAGUCAACCUGCUGGAAGAACAAAGAAACACCUACUCGUGGUUUAAAACAAGAGCAGAGAAUCAACUCUAUCAGAGAGCUGUGGACAAGACCUUACAGAGCCAAAACGGACACCUGGACUUGUUCCUGCGCUUCCUCCUGGGUCUUUCAGUGGAGACCAAUCAGAACCUGGUACUAGGUCUGAUGACAUCAAACCAAAGAAGUUCACAGAACAAUCAGGAAACUAUCAAAUACAUCAAGGAGAAGAUCAGUGAGGACCUGUCUGCAGAGAGAAGCAUCAACCUGUUCCACUGUCUGAAUGAACUGAACGAUCGGUCUCUGGUGGAGGAUGUCCAACGGUCCCUGAGGUCUGGACGUCUCUCCACAGGUAAACUGUCUCCUGCUCAGUGGUCGGCUCUGGUCUUCAUUUUACUGUCAUCAGGAGAUCUGGAGGUGUUUGACCUGAAGAAGUUCUCAGCUUCAGAGGAGGCUCUACGGAGGCUGCUGCCGGUGGUCCAAGCCUCCAAGAAAGUUCUACUGAGUGGCUGUAACCUCUCAAAGGACAUCUGUGAACUUCUGUCCUCAGUUCUCAGCUCUCAGUCCUCCAGUCUGACAGAACUGGACUUGAGCAACAACGACCUGCAGGAUUCUGGACUGGAGCAGUUGUGUCCUGGACUGGAGAGUCCACACUGUAAACUGGAGUCUCUCAGACUGAGUGGCUGUAACCUCUCAAAGGACAUCUGUCCAGUUCUGUCCUCAGUUCUCAGCUCCCAGUCCUCCAGUCUGACAGAACUGGACCUGAGCAACAACGACCUGCAGGAUUCUGGACUGGAGCAGCUGUGUCCUGGACUGGAGAGUCCACACUGUAAACUGGAGUCUCUCAGGUUGUCAGGCUGUCUGAUCUCAGAGGUAGGAAGUGCUUCUCUGGUCUCAGCUCUGACCUCCAACCCCUCCCACCUGAGAGAACUGGACCUGAGCUACAACCAUCCAGGGGAGUCAGCAGGGAAGCUUCUGUCUAGACUGGAGGAUCCACGCUGGAGGCUGGACACUCUCAGGGUGGAGCCUGCUGGACAACGAUGGUUGAGACCAGGUCUGAGGAAGUAUUCCUGUCAACUCACCAUCGACACAAACACAGUCCACAAAUACAUCAAACUGUCUGAUGACAACAGGAAGAUGAUGUUUGUGGAGGAGGAUCAGUCAUAUCCUGAUCAUCCAGACAGGUUUGAUGAUCAGCCUCAGCUGCUGUGUAGAGAAGUUCUGACGGGUCGCUGUUACUGGGAGGUCCAGUGGAGCGGAGAUGUUUCUGUAUCAGUGAGUUACAGAAGAAUCUGCAGGGGAGAAUUAUCUGAUGACUGUUUGUUUGGAUGGAACGAUCAUUCCUGGAGUCUGGACUGUUCUGAUGAUGGUCGGUACCGUGUAUGGCACAAUAACAGAUACACAUCCAUCAUCUCCUCAUCUUCAUGUCCAGACUCUGGCAGAGUAGCAGUGUACGUGGACAUUCCUGCUGGAACUAUGUCCUUCUAUGAUGUCGACCCUGACAGACUGAUCCACCUCCACACCUUCAACACCACCUUCACUGAACCUCUCUGUGCUGGAUUUGGACUCUGGUUCUGGUCUGGGUCCUGGUUAGGUCACUCAGUGUCUCUGUGUCUGGUUUAGUCUCAAUAGUCCUGUCAGAGAAACUCUGUCCAAGUCCUGUUGGAUCCUGGACUUGGACUCUGGUUCUGGUUCCUCAGUGUCUCGAUGAUGAUGAUGAUGAUGAUGAUGAUGAUGAUGAUGAUGAUGAUGAUGAUGAUGAUGAUGAUGAUGAUGAUGAUGAGGCAGGCAGGCACAGUUUUGUUUUUAUUUAAAGCUCAUUAUACGCCCCCUUCAAGUGGUACCAAUCAAUCACAUGAACUUUGUGACACAGACGGCGUCGGGGCUCAUCCUCUCCCGCCCUCACUCCCCCCUUUAAUCCCUUUCACGGAUCCAUGGAUUAGGGCACAAAAUGUCGGUGAAUUCGUCAGUGGUUAGAUUUGGUUUUACGGACAACACAGAGUUAUUUUGCCACAUAAAUAAAAAGAAGAAGCACAGCGUGGCUGCACAGUCUGUCUAUCAUCAGUUUUUUAAGGAAAGGUUUAUUUACUGCAACUUUAAAAAGAUGAGGUACAUAUCCUAAGUUUAGGGAUAAGUUGAUCUGGUCCAGUAUUGUCAUACCAAUAAGAGAAAAAAAUAUGUACAUCUUUCUGUGCAAAACAUGUUUAGAUAAAUGUAAAUUACCUUUUAUGUUGGAUGUACUUGGCAAACAUCAGAAUGUAACAUGAAUACUACUGGGUAUUGGUCUGAUGU